AUGUUGUCUCAGCCUCUCUCGAGAAUCUCAAAGAUCUCUCCACUGAUGCAGAUGCAGAGGUUUCGUCUGUUUUCAUCUUCUGUUAAAGAAUUUCCACCUCAUUUCAUCUAUGGCACUACCACAAGUUACCCUGACAGAGAGCCAGGUGCCAUCGAUUUUAUGUUUACUUCAGAUCACUUAGAAGCUGCAGAGGAACAAAGAAAAGUGCCUUGUGAGUUGCUAGAGCCAAAGGGAACGGUGGGAGCUUCCAAAGGCUGGGUCUUUACUCUAGAGAAUGGCUUGUUGUGUCUCCGAGAUGAUCUCAAGAUAAAUGCAUCAGCUUCGAACCCGAAACGCAUUUCACUGCCUCCUCUGGAGACUUUACCUCACGCCCAGACCCAGAUUGUGAGCAGCGUGGCCAUGUCCUCUGCUUGUCCUGACGAAGACGACGACUGUAUUGUGGCUGUCAAGUUCUUGGGACCUCAGCUGAGCCUGUGUAGGCCAGCUCACGACUCCAAGUGGACCAACAUCAGAAUCACAGAACCGAGUUUCUUCACUUCCCCUGUCAUGUUUUCCCAGAGAGAUGGCAUGUUCUCCUUGCCCGCUUCUAGAGGCGGCUACGUGGGGUCUUGGGAUCUCCAGGGCAAGCCCAAGUUGCAAAAGCUGCGAUUUCAAGACCUUCCCAGGUCGAGAAAGAAGGAGAGGGAGCUUUUGGAUUCCUGUUACAGUAGCCACCACUUGGUGGAAUCUUCAUCCGGCGAGUCUUUCCUUGUUCUUUGGUACAGGACUGCCAUCUACGACAACAAAGACGACAAUUUGGUAACCAAAAGGUGUAUGCUGUUCAGGGGUUACGAGGAAGGGAAUGCCAUCUAUGACAUCAAAGACGAAGAUUUGGGAACCAAAGGUUUUAAGGUGUUCAGGCUUGACGAGGAAGGGAAUGCUUCUUACACUGAAGACAUUGGAGAUCUUUGCCUUUGCCUUUCAAAGUCGGAGUCUUUCUGUGUCACCGCCAGCCUCUUCUCUGGCCCCGAUCUCCUCAUGAACUCCAUCUCCUACAUCGAUGUGGACGAGUCCAUAUCGCCCAUCCUUGAUGUUGGAUGUUUCUGUCUCUCCAGAGCUGAGAGGGCCAGAGAGAACUAUUCAACGUACUACAAGACCCCAUUCCCUUACCUUUUUCCACCUCAACCUUGUAUUUGA